AUGGCACCGCGACUAACCAUGCCACCUCUAUCCACCACCCUCCUCCUAUGGGCAGGCUUCCUCGCCUCGUCCGCCAACGCAGCCAUAACGUCCCAAUUCCAGAAUUUCUACCCGCAGCACGGCGACAAGUAUGAGUACAUCCUGCACCACAACUGCAGCACGCAGUUCGCCAACUACCUUACGGGCCGCACGCACGACUUUCCUAUCGAUUGGCUCGGCGGCGGCAGCAAGCCCACCGUCCUUACGGAGCCCGUGAUCCUCUGCCUCCUGAACAACGUAUCCGAGUACAUCAAGUCAGCCUCUGCGUCCGCACAGGUGCUCCUGGGCAUCACGCCGACGCUCCUCGCCCUCCUCGGCGCCAGCACGGAGGAGCUAGCCAUGCUGACCGUCCUCGGCCGCCGCCCGCUUCUCGCGCUCUUCCUCUCCAUCGGCAGCCCGGCCGUCUACGUCAGCCGCGCCUUCGAGUUCCACGACCCGCGCCAGCCGCUGCGCGACCGCUGCGGGCGCUACCACCUCUUCCGCCCCGCGUCGAAGGCCUCGCGCUGGGCGCUGGCGGCGGCACAGUACGCGGUCGCCCUCGCGGCGGCCGCCAACAUCGCCACGCUGAACUGGGAGCUCGGCGUGCGCACCGCGUGCACGUUCUGGACCGAGACCAUCUUCGCGCCGCUGCUGUGGGGGAUCCUCAGCGUGCCGAUCCACAUCGCCGGCACGCUGGCGCUGCGGCUGCGCGUGCGGCGGACGACCCGGGGAGCCGGCGAUGACGAUGUGCGCUACACCUUCGCGCAAUGGCUCCGCGCCACGCCGCGGCGCGUGGCUGGACUGGCGCGCAGCGAGUGGACGCCGUGCGCGGCGCAGGACGAGCUGCGCGUCGUCGCAUUCGACGAGGGCAAGACGUUCAUCUCUUGGGCGUGGCUGCUGUCGACGUGCACCAUCAUCCACAUCCUGUUCGGGACGCUGCUGCUGUCGAGCCUGCUGUUCGUCGGCCCCCAGGACGCGCUGGGCGUCAUUGUGAGGUACAUGGCGUCGGUGCUGGCGUGUCGCGUCGUGCUGAUGUUUGAGAUUGCCGGGAUGCGCGAGAGGUAUGUGGCCGGGCCGUCGGAGGAUGGGAGGGUUGAGAGGCUGAUUUUGGGGAGGGAGAUUGGGAAGGGGGGCGUGAGGUGA